CCAACUGAUCUACUUUCAAAAAUCUCCCCCGAAAACUUUGCUCUUUUUUCUUAACCGCUCCACCUUUGCAGCCACCCCCUCUCCUUAAACACCAGCAAAACGUACACCAACAUUGAUACAAUACACAUUUAGUAACAACACAUGUAUAUGUUCUCCUUCAAUUGGUCUUGAUUUGUGAUCAGUUCCGUUCCUUUUUCUGCUCUCUCUAAAAUGGGACUGGAAUCGGAAACCAAGAAAUCCCAGUUAGUGCUGGAGAUUUGCUCUUUAUCAACCCUAUCGGUUGCCUGUGUUCACAGGCAUCGUAGCAGCAGCUAUGGUCCUGUAGAAUCACAUUUUAUUGACUGGUAUCGGAUUCUUGGAGUAGAAGAAGAUGCAGACAUAGAAGUUAUAAAGAAGAGGUAUCGUAAACUUGCUUUGCAACUUCACCCAGACAAGAACAAGCAUCCAAGAGCUGAGCUUGCCUUCAAGCUUGUCUUCGAGGCCUACUCGUAUCUCACAGACAAUAUAAAGAGAGGAGCCUUCAACUUGGAGAGAAGCAAGAACUUCUGCAUAAAGUGCAACAGAAUUCCAUAUACACUUGGCAACAAUUUGAGCAAAUCACAUGCACCGAAAGUAGCCGAGGAAUCGAAUGCUGCAAAUCGCUCAAAAUGGCUUCGGAAUCGCGUGAGAGAAAUGAAACAAAGAUUUAAAGAGGAAAUCAAAGUGAUGGAGAACUGUUUGAAGGCUAAUAGCGCAUCAAGGAAAGAAGCACCACUUUUCAAACCGUCAGACAAUUGCCAUUUCCAUAGCAACACUCGUUCUGUGACACCAAAGGAGUCCCCAGUUUUUGAUCCAUCAGACUAUCUACUCAAAGGCUAUCCUCACAUCAGGACUCGGAUUUACAGGAAACCUGAGAACUCUUGGGACUUGCAGAGAGAAGAUACAUUGAACAAUUACGGUGGCCAAGGAACAGUCAAAGGAAGGUCAUAUCAUGACUUCCCAGUCUUUGAGAAAAGAUCAGGGAGAGGAACACUCAAGGAAUCUGCUGCUUGUGUAUAUUCAUAAUAAUCCUGAUCAAUUGCAUUCAUCCAUAGAGUUAGAAUUAGAGUAGCAUAAUCUUACAUUGGCGAAUUCUUUUUUUCCCCUGUUGCUUCUGCUUCUGCUUCAGCUUUUGCUUGUCAAGUGUCAUGGCUAGCUAGCUAGCUAGCCAUGAUACGAUCGUUUUGAGACAUUGAUUCGACAUUUGCAUUUCGGUUUAA